GCUGCUGAGGCGAGGCGAGAGCAGCUGCAGAGAGAGAGAAAGCUUUGUUGGCUGUCAAAUUAGAGAAAGAAAAGGAGGAUAAAAUGAGGCUCAUUGCAGCUGAAAAAGAAAAACAGAAAGAAGAACAGCUUAAGAAAAAACUCUUGAUGCAGCAGAAAACAUUGGAAUAUGAAGAAAGACGGAGACAAGAAGAAGCAGCUCGUUUGGCCAAAAUCAAAGAACAGGAGGAGGAGCACCGGCGAAUUCUAGCGAUGAAGGAGAGGGAGCAAGAACUGCUCCAAAAACAGCAGAAAGCUGCAGAACUGAGGUUAGCUGAAACCGAGAAAGCAAAACAGCAAGGAAACAGUAAACUUGGAAAAAUUGCUGCAGUCAAUAAUGCAAAAAAUGAAACUACAGCUUGGAAUGACUCCUUCGGAAAAGACCAACAAUGUUCCAACUCAAAGCUACGAGAUAACUCCUGCACGUGAAGAUAGACCCCUGCUCAAGCCCAAGACUGAGGAUGAUUAUGGACUAGAUGAUGCUCACAGCGAUGACUCUAGCGAUGAGGAGACCUGUCCAAAGAAGGAGAUUCCUCGAUGGGCACUUCCUAAAAAUCGUGAGCGCCUGAUCAAGACGACAAAAUACAUUCCCUCCUCUUUAUGGGUUCAAUUCAUGGUACCCAACGUAAAUCCUGAUCUGAGUAAAAUGUUUGCCGGUACUCAGAUUAAAAAGAGAAU